ACUAAACGUUCUUUUUCAGCCAUCUUGAAACGAUAGUGUCCAGGUGCGUGUUGUUUCGCUUCACAAUAUCGACAUAAAUAUUAUUUAAACGAAAAUGCCGUCUGUGACGCUUAAAGACGUCGAUCAACACAAAUUCGUGAAGGCUUUCGCCCAAUUUUUAAAAAAGACCGGUAAGCUCCGCGUUCCUGAAUGGGUCGACAUCGUCAAGACUUCCCGUGCUAAGGAGCUGGCUCCCUAUGAUCCCGAUUGGUACUACACCCGUUGCGCCGCCGUCGUGAGACACAUCUACAUCCGGUCCCCCAUUGGUGUGGGUUCGGUUACAAAAAUCUUCGGCACGCGUAAGCGCAACGGCACUAAACCGUCGCACUUCUGUCGUUCUGCGGGCAGCAUAGCCAGAAAAGCCCUCCAGAGUCUGGAAGGUCUGAAAUUGAUCGAGAAGAACCCGAGUGGCGGACGGGAAUUGACCCAGCAAGGCCGACGGGACUUGGAUCGCAUCGCCGCACAGGUGAAAGCGAAGGAACGUAAGGCGUUGAAAAGUGGAAUUAUCACUCUUUAAAUGAAUAAAUAACGAGGUUUUUUAAGAG